AAAGAAAAGAAAAGAAACGAAACGAAACGAAAAGAAAACGGAAGGAAUGGGAGAAAGAGAAACGGGCGGUACUUGAGGUCAAGGGUACCUUUCGUUCCCCUUAUUGAAUGUUUUACACUUUUAACCCUAAUCCGCCAUUCCUUCCAUUUCAUCACUCUCUCUGCUUCUGGAAGCCACCUACUCUUCCCUUUCUUUGGUACGUUUCUCAAUGUAUCGACUCCCACAACUCCAUCUCUGAACAUACUUCUUUUCCCCUCUUUCUCAUUCUCUAACUUCUCCUAAUCUCCUGAUAUUUAACGCAUGGAGGCAGCCUUGUAGAUGGUCUCUUCUCAUGAAGGAGAUGACUUUCAAAUCCACCCCCAAACUUCAUUUCGACGAAUUUUGGUCCUCAAAUCCGCAAACCGCUGCAUCCCCCUCCUCCGAUUACAUUUUUGUAGACCAACUCCUCAACUUUUCAAAUGAAGAAGAAGAAGAAGAAGAAGAAGAGGCAGAGGCAAAAAACAACCACUCCUCUGUUCCUGCUCCCCUGCAACUUCAACAACAUCACGACAGCGACCAAAAUUCCAACCACAGCUUCACCAAUUCCUCCGAAGAUGACUUUUGGUCUAAUUCUUCAAGAGAUUUUGAAGACCUCGAAUGGCUCUCCCAUCUCGUUGCUGACUCCACCCAAGAAGAAUACUCUGCUGCACCACCGGCCUACUCUGUUUUUCUGACAGAGAAGCCUAGCAAUUCCCAAAAGGAAACAACCCACCACGUUCACCCCCUUCCGAGUUUUGAACACAUUCUCAAUACCCCAUUUCCUUCAAAGCCUAGAAGCAAGCGAGCGAAAAUCUCCGGCCGAGUCUGGUCCUUAACGAAUUUAUUUUCUUCCCCACCAUUACAUUCACCGCCGGCGAAGAAGCCAAAGAAGAAUCCGGCAGAGGAGGGCGCCGGUAGGGUCCAGACGCCGCGGCGGUGCAGUCAUUGCGGCGUUCAGAAAACCCCUCAAUGGCGAGCCGGUCCACUUGGAGCAAAGAGUCUAUGUAAUGCGUGCGGCGUCCGGUUCAAAUCCGGGCGGCUUUUUCCCGAAUAUAGACCGGCUUGUAGCCCGACGUUUUCGAGCGAGCUUCACUCGAACCACCACCGGAAAGUAUUGGAGAUGCGACGUAAAAAGGAAACGGAGAAACCCCACUCCGGUCUGGAAUUAGUGUAAGAGAACCAGAUGGACGAACCCGGUUCAAAGAGAGAGCCAGUUAAGUUUAGUGUGAAAAUGUCAUUUUCAGGGAGCCUCAUUAGGUGCGGUAGGUCAUCGGCGCUUGUUAGUUGUUAUCGAUUAAAUUAGAAUAGCUUUUAUUGAUAUAUUUAUUUAGAAUAGCUUUUAUUAAUAUAUUUAUUUAGAAUAGCUUUUAUUAAUAUAUUUAUUUUGUAAAAAGAAAAAAAAAAAAGUGUUUUUUUCCUUUCUAAAAAGCAAGAAAUUGCGUAAGUUGUACGCUGUGGCAGUCGCAGUGCUCAACUUUGGUGGAGUCUUUGGAACAUUUUGAGAAGGGGAGGAAUUGUCUUCUUUCUUCGCUAUUUGGGAAACAGAACGAUAAUCCUUUUAACGCCGUUUUUAACUCAGAACCUAGUACCACUGCCAUUUCAUUGAACACGUGGCAUUUACUGUCCUCUAACUUGUUCUUGACGUUAUCUUCCCACGUUAACGCCGUUUAGGUACAGAAUUCCAAUGCUUUGUCCCAUUCCUUGUUUUAACAUUUUCAAUUCGAUUUUUCUGUAAUUAUUUAUUUCAUCGAAUUUAACCGAUGAUUUGGUCGAGG